ACAGAGUGGUAGCCAGGGUACCAAGCAGUGGAGGUUGAGCCUCGCGUUUCAAUGCUCUUAGUUGUAACGGAAAUACACUUUGCUGUUUACUUUCUCCAUCUACGUCAGGGAUACACCUCGCAAGAUUGGAAAGAGCAAAAUCGAAAGUUAAGAGUCUGUUGGAACGUUUGAGAUCUGUUGUGUUGUAUUUUUCAACAUCAACAGAUCUUUCAGAAAUCGAUAGGGAGUAAGAAGCAAGUCGUCUGAAAUCAUAUUGCUGGGUUUGUGUGUUUGACUAAGGAUCCUCCAGUUUCAAGAACUUCAAAGCGACAACAACAUGGGUGUCGCUAUGCAUUACUGUUUUGGCACAUUGACAGCCUACAACAGGCGCCUCCUUAUGGAGACAUUAUGAAGGUAGAAACAAGUGGUGCUUCCUGGAGGACAGCAAAAGCUGAUGGGGGAAAUGACGAAGGGGUGCUUGCAUCUCACAUAAUGGCAGAGCAUGACCGUGCUGCCAUGGACAAGUACAAGAGACUCAUAAUGAAGGUGGCAAAGAGGAAUGAAGUGGACCCAGCUGUUAUCUGUGGCAUCAUCUCAAGAGAGUCCCGGGCUGGGACAGGACUGGACAAGCACGGCAGGGGGGACAAUGGCAAGGCCUUCGGACUUAUGCAGAUUGACACUACCCCAGCCCCGAGCGGUGGCGGGCACACUCCAAAGGGGGAAUGGAACAGUGAGGAGCAUCUCCAACAAGGCACUGAAAUUCUGAUUGAGUUCAUCAAAAUAAUUCAAGAGAAAUUUAAUUCAUGGACCAAGGAGCAGCAACUGAAAGGGGGAAUAGCAGCCUACAAUAAGGGACAUGACCGUGUAGAGUCAUAUGAGGAAGUGGACACUCAUACCACUGGAGUGGACUACUCCAAUGAUGUUGUUGCCAGAGCUCAGUGGUUCUACAACCAUGGUUAUCGUGAAACAACAAACCUUGUCAUUAAAGUAGCAGCUGUUGUAGUGGGAGCUGCAGUGGGAGGAGGUAUCAUCAUUUUAUCAGCAUUAACAUCAAGUUCUGCUGUUGCCCUGGCACCAAUAGUCCUCACAGGGAUCGGGUUUGGCGCUGGCGGGAUUGCAGCUGGAUCAACAGCAGCAGGCAUGAUGUCUGCCGCGGCCAUAGCCAAUGGAGGUGGGGUAGCAGCAGGGAGUCUUGUUGCUAUUCUACAGUCAGCAGGUGCCGUAGGGCUCUCGGGAAUGGUCACUGCAGUUGUUGGAAGUGCGGGAGCAGCCAUCGGAGGAGCAGUGGGAGGAGCUGUGGGAUGGCUGAAAACAAAGAUUUCUUAAAUGUUCCAUCGAGCCUUUGAAGAACACCUGUCAGUAGUGCAAUACACCCUCACACUGUUGAUACUGCAUGCUUAAAGUAUUCUACUUGUCAACUGAAUAAAAUAAAAAAUCCAUUGCAACUCUGCUGUUAAGAAAAACAGGUUCUCUGAGGAUUGUUCCCUAAUUGUUCCCUAAUUUUGCAGUUGAAAUUAGCUCAGUGGUUCUACAGCCAUGGUUAUGGUAAAAAAAAAAAAAAAACUUAUUAACCUUUUAUGAACAUGUUGAAAAUUAUGACUACACCCAGUAAUAAUUACACAACUUCAAACAGUCUCAUCCAAGUUUCUUCCGUAGUUGAAUCUUUCAGCAACUUGUCAUUGCGCAAUAUAAUGAAACAUUUCUUAUUUUCUGACCUUUUGGAAUGGAUGUGUUUUUAGUUGACUGUCUUGGUGGGACUUGUAGCAAUAUUGAUGUUACUCAUAUUGAUGUUAAAAAAGGAAACAGAAACCAGUUGUUACUUACUUUAUUAAUGUGCUGAUUGACAACAUGCCUAGUAAAGUUUGCUUAACUAUA